UGACUGGGAGCGGAACAAAGAGGUGGACUGUCAGAUUGCAAACAAGAAGAUUUUCACGAAAAUCGUAUUUUUGCGAAUUUCGCUGAAUUCCACCACAAUUCCCAAGUGAGAGUCAAUGUGAAUCGUGCAGAAAUGUGGCUGAAAGUCUUUUCCAUUGCCCUUGUGGCAUUUCUCAUCGUGGGCGUUGAGGCUCAAUCUUAUGAGGACAAGAGAUGCAAGUGCAUCUGCCCGAGUGUCUCGUCAGUGCUAAACAAUACAGAUGACACGAAUAGAAUGCUCAUCAUCGACAAUGUUCCGCCAACAAAAUGCAACUGCGACGGUGUGAUUCUGCCGCGGAUCGGCGACAAGAUCAAGGGCAAGGAGCAGGAGUUCUGUCCGCGGUGUGAGUGCAAGAACGAGAUUCGCAACACAACAAUCAUCAAGGUUGUGGUAAUCAUCGUGAUCUGGAUCAUCUCGCUGCUCUCCUGCUACAUGCUAUUCCUCUCGUGUCUGGAUCCGUUGCUCAACAAACGCGUAAAGGCCAACUACCAAGAGCACACCAAUGAAGAUGAGGAAUCUACCAGCACCCCUUCGUCUUCCUCGCAUCCCAUGGGUGUUCGCAGCACGAACAUGCUGAACAGGGUCGGCCACCAGCAGGACAAGUGGAAGCGCCAAGUCCGAGAGCAGCGCAGGAACAUUUACGAUCGCCACACGAUGCUUAACUGAAGCUUCAACCGUGCGUUAAUCUUAAUAAUUGGCAAGUAAUUUGAUACAUUUAUCUCCCUUAUCUCUGUAAAAGACUCCUUGUAAGUGAUAAUAGAAAGGACACCAAUGUA